AUGCAGGCACCAGCAGCAGCGCAGUUUGCGACGAUACACCAAACCCUGAGAGAGCUGCGCGCGGGCCUGGCUGAGCUGCGCACGGGCCAGGCCGAGCUGCGCGAGGGCCAGGCCGAGCUGCGCGCGGGCCUGGCUGAGCUGCGCGCUGGCCCAGACGGGCUCGGGGCCCGACUGCUGCAGUUUCGGGGCGAACUGGUGUGCUGCAUGCGCAACGCCGUCGUGUGCCGCUACGAGGACGGACCCAUCUUGUGGCCGCCCCACCGCGGCGCCGCGAUUGCGGCCGAGCUCAACGGCGCGCCGCGCCCCAGCACGCGCGGCGAGCUCGAAGCCGCAGCAACCACCAUGAUUGACGCUCUACUUGCGGCCUACGGGCUGCCGAAUGGCCCCACCAGCGGCGCCGCGGACGCGCGCAGGCGCGCUCUGAUGGCGCACAUCGGCAUCAUCCCGUGA